AUGGCCAACUUGUACACCCAGGCAACCCCACCUGUUGAUCAUCAGCAGCCUCCCGCUUUUCACCAGGUGCCUCAGUACGGUGCACCGUCUCCUUUCCAACCUCCCCCGCCAGGUGCAUUCGUUGGACAGUCUCCUACUGCGUCUUUUGGUCAACCCGGGUUUUCGCAAUACCAAAACCCCUCUGGACAAUACACCUCACCUCCGGCUCCUAUCCAACAGCAACCCCAAUACGCUCAGCAAGUACAACAACCCGCUAUGCAGCAACCCGGUCAACCUCAGCAAUACAUGGGCGAGAAGCCCCCCGCCCAGGCAUACCAGCCGCAAGCCACGCCAGGAAUGAUGGUCGCUCCAGGCGGUGGCGGAAACAGGAAUGCAAAGAACCUGCCCAUGGAUGCGGAUGGUCGUGAAUGGAGUAAUGGUUUAUGUGACUGCUGCUCCGAUGCUGGAACUUGUAUCCUCGCAUGGUGUUGCCCUUGCAUCGUCUACGCACAAAACAAGCAACGUUACGAGCAUCUUGCCCUCAAAGGUAUCCCAGACCCAGAACGAGGUGGUUCGGGCUGCAAUGGCGACUGCUUCGUGCACGGCUGCAUCACAGCCUGCUUCGGUGUCGGCUGGGUUCUCCAGAUCGGAAGCCGUGGCAAUAUUCGCAACAGGUACUCUAUCAAAGGCGGCGGUUGUGGAGAUUGCUUAACAUCCUGCUUCUGCACUCCCUGCGGACUCACUCAAGAAAGCAGGGAGUUGGAGUUGGAAGAAGCUUCCAUCAGAGUAUAA